GGUGGGGCAGCUUCCGGAAAGGGUACUGCAUUUCCCGUUCCUACCUUCACCGCCACCCAUUAUUGCGUCCUGCUUAUGGGUUAGAGACCCAAAAGUGAAACGCCCGGCCAUGUGUCCUCCUUCCCAUGCCCACCGGAGUUAUAGCUGAAGGCAGGACAGGGGCAGCAAUGAGGUGCCGGGGGCGGAGACGGGGGCGACGCUGGGGGAACAGGAAGAGACGGGGCUCCCGCCUAGGGCCCGGAGGCUCCGCCCUUUCACGUCACUUCCGUAAACAAAGGGCGCUGCGUAGGCGCAGGUCCGGGGGUGUAACUCCGGCUCCAGCUGCGGCUGCGGCGGUGGCUUCGUAGGCUCUGGGGUCUUUGCGGGUUGAGAAACAGGGCCCCGAUCCUCUUCUUCCUCAGGUCUUAAGAGGCUGGCCCUGGAGCAAUAAGGAACUUAAAACAAUGGAAGAGCGAAAAGUGAAGAGGAGGAGUCCUAAGUCUUUUAGUGCCCACAGUACUCAGGUUGUUAAUGCCAAAAAAAAUGCUAUUCCAGUUAGUAAAAGCACAGGCUUUUCAAAUCCUGCAUCACAGUCAACUUCACAGCGACCAAAGUUAAAAAGAGUGAUGAAAGAAAAGACCAAACCUCAGGGUGGAGAAGGAAAAGGUGCUCAGUCAACUCCGAUUCAGCACUCCUUCCUCACUGAUGUCUCUGAUGUUCAGGAAAUGGAGAGAGGCCUCCUGAGUCUUUUGAAUGAUUUCCACUCUGGAAAACUUCAAGCAUUUGGAAAUGAAUGUUCCAUUGAACAGAUGGAACAUGUUCGGGGAAUGCAGGAGAAAUUAGCUCGCUUGAAUUUGGAGCUCUAUGGGGAGUUAGAGGAACUUCCUGAGGAUAAGAGAAAAACAGCCAGUGACUCCAAUCUGGAUCGGCUUCUCUCUGAUUUAGAAGAAUUGAAUUCUUCCAUACAAAAACUCCAUUUGGCAGAUGCACAAGAUGUUCCAAAUACUUCCACCAGCUAAAAUGAAAUGCACUUUGCUUUCUUGUGAUUUGAAUAGAUGCAGCAGUCUUUACUUUUCCAGCUGAAUCAAUAGUAGAAUCAUCUUCUACAACAAGAAAUUAAAGUAAUUAAAGUGCAAGUGCCAUGAUUGUUUUCACACACUGCUUUAAUCCAUCUGACUCGCUGUAACUCACUGUAACUGGAGGCCUAGCUUUGUGGAAGGCUUUAUCAGGAAAUGUGACACGGGGUUGUGCUGCUAUGCUUUAUAUUGUUGCCUUAUGCGGUUAUACUUGAAGUGCAUUGUGCUAAUGUCCUCUAUAGGGCUGAAGGGUUUCUCCUUCCUGAGCUCGCCAGACUCAUUCCAGUAUUGACCAUAAGCUGGUGAUGCACAGGCCUCUGGCAGCCCAGCUUCAGUUUACGUUAGAUAAUCAGUACACACGCAGAUGUGUGUUUUCAGUGGCCAGUGACAAGAGAUUAAAUACGUAUUUGUGAGAUUUGCUAUUUUUAAUAAAGUGAUUGUUUUAAAUUUG